ACCGAGCGAGCAGUUGCAGAUGCGCCUCUGAACGCGGAGGAAAGAGGAGGUUGUCAGCGCGGGGGACUCUUAGAAAGCUUUCUUAAUGCUCUCACCUGGUGAAAUUUGCCUCAUUCGAAUGGCAAAAUCUUGACGUAACGCGCGGUGUCUGUUGAUAUUCUAUACGUAUCUUCGCUAUAAGAGGAACACGCGCGGGUUAUUUCCAUUUGCGCGUCGCGCGCUUCCCGCUCUCUGGAUCACUGCGCUAUAGAUGAAAGGAAUGUACUGUUGUACAGCGGAAUGACUUGCGUUAAAACGGUCGAAGUGGAUUAGACCAAUGAUGGCAGCACAUGAUGCUCAGAGAGCAUGCUCAUCUGUUGUAUUACAAGAAAUGAAUGGCCUUGCUUGUCUCUAAUCAACCUUCGACCUUUGUCUGUCUAACCUGUAGAAUUUCAUACACCAACUUCAAUCUAAAUAAAAGGAGACUUGGCAUCGGGACAUUGUAUCCGUCGACAGCACAUCAGUUAGAGCCUAGGGGAGGCUUACUAUUGGAUUCAAAAGUGAUCACUACAGCCAUAAAUGGUUAAUUAUUUUUGAAGUAAAGUGCUUUUGCCAUACAAUCUUUAAGAAGCAACAACUUACUGGUGGGAAUUGUGCCAACAUGAAGGACAUAUCAUUUGUGGAUUAUUUGCUAGUGGGGCUUACAGUGACUACCUUUGUUCUUGCUGCAGAAGAGAGAGUCGACUGUCCUAAGCUUUGUGUAUGUGAGGUUAGACCCUGGUUUUCUCCUAGCUCUGUCUAUAUGGAGGCUCCUACUGUUGACUGUAAUGACUUGGGACUUUUUUACGUACCCAUGAGAUUGCCAGUGGAUACACAAGUCGUUUUACUGCAGACCAACAACAUUGCUAAAAUUGAAAAACCUUUGGAUUACCUGCCCAACAUCACAGAGAUUGAUCUCUCUCAAAACAACCUAUCCUUAAUAAGUGACGUCAACUUGGGAUACCUCCCCCAACUUUUGUCCCUACACAUGGAGGAAAACUGGAUAUGCGCACUACCAGACAACAGCCUUUCUCAACUGACCAACCUUCAGGAGCUCUACCUGAACCACAACAACAUCUCCUUCAUUUCUCCAGAGGCUUUCCGUGGUCUUCAGAGCUUGCUGAGAUUGCAUCUCAACUCCAAUUGGCUUCAGAGUAUCAGCAGCGAAUGGUUUGAGCCCUUACCAAAUUUGGAGAUCUUAAUGAUUGGGGAAAAUCCUGUCCUCUCUUUUCAGGAUAUGAACUUCAAGCCUCUGAGAAACCUGCGGAGCCUGGUCCUAACAAGGAUGAACCUGUCACAUAUACCAGACGAUGCACUUCUGGGCCUUGACAAUCUGGAGAGUAUCUCAUUCUAUGACAAUGUAUUCCCCAAGGUACCCCAUGGUGCUCUCAGGCAUCUUAAGAGCCUCAAGUUUUUAGACCUUAAUAAGAAUCCCAUCGGGCGAAUUCAGAGGGGCGACUUUGUGGACAUGCUCCAUCUUAAAGAGCUGGGCAUUAACAGCAUGCCUGAGUUGGUGUCUAUUGAUAGUUUUGCCCUAAACAACCUCCCAGAGCUGACUAAAAUCGAAGCCACCAAUAACCAUAAACUUUCCUACAUCCAUCCAAAUGCUUUCUAUAGGUUGCCAAGGCUGGAAACUCUAAUGUUGAAUGGUAAUGCUUUAAGUGCCCUGCACAGGAUCACAGUGGAGUCCCUUCCAAACCUCAGGGAGGUUAGCAUGCACUCUAACCCUAUUCGCUGUGACUGCGUCAUGCGAUGGAUGAAUAUGAACAAGACAAACAUCCGCUUCAUGGAGCCUGACUCCCUGUUCUGUGUGGAACCCCCUGAGUAUGAAGGUCAGCAUGUGCGUCAGGUUCACUUCAGAGAGAUGAUGGAGAUCUGUCUCCCCCUCAUCUCUUCAGAGAGCUUCCCCACACAAAUCAGCAUUGACAGUGGCAGAUCUUUGUCUCUGCACUGCCGCGCCUUCGCUGAACCCGAGCCAGACAUAUACUGGGUGACUCCAUCUGGGAAAAGGGUCCUUCUAAAUGCUGUGUCUGAUAAAUUCUACAUGCAUGCCGAAGGCACACUUGAUAUUUAUGACAUCACUGAAAAUGAGGCUGGAUUGUACACAUGUGUUGCACACAAUCUUGUUGGAGCAGACCUUAAAUCUGUCUCGGUUGAGGUGAAUGGCUACUUCCCACUGCCUGUCAAUGACUCACUCAAUGUCAACAUCCAAUCUGUGCAGACCAACUCUGUAUUGAUAUCCUGGAAAGCCACUCAUGGUAGCUUGGCACCAAACAUUAAAUGGUAUACAAUGCCCAGUGCAAACCAUCCAACUGUGGCAUUCACUGCUAGGGUGCCAUCCGACAUGACCGUGUAUAAUCUCACUCAUCUAAGCCCUGCUACACAGUACAAAGUGUGCGUGGACAUUCAUAGCAUCCACCAUAAACAUGACACCAAGUGUGUCAGUGUUAUAACUAAAGAAUUAGAACAAGCCAUAAAAUACUCUGAAAGGUGGGAUGUUGCGUUGGAUGCUGCUUUUGGUGUGCUUUUUAUUUUGAUGUCAAUGGCUUGCUUUCUAAUGUAUGUCUUCAUGAGGAACCACUGCUUUUAUGAAGAUUUGAGGCGAUACCCAUCCAAAAUGGCUCUGAUCUCUGAGACCAGCCAGCAAUCUCCCUUUACAAGGCUUUGGAUUUCUGGGAAAGGGAUGCCAGAUGCAGUUGAGGUGAAAGCCACGGUCAUAAAUGUGUUGGAAAACGACUUUUAAGCUGCCCAUGCGGAGGACCACAAAUGCGAGAGUGGAAAACUUACUGUUCCAACUUGCCGUUUAUCUUUUUGCCUGGACACAGACAUCAAAUUCAGUUGGAAGGGAUGUCUGCACGUUUAAUUAGCUAUAUAGCCCCUCGUCAUGAGCUGUCAGACAUGGCAAGUGUCAGUGAAAUGAUGGCAACUACCCAGAGGUAGCUGGAGAGAGUUGCUGCUAAAAUAUGCAGUGUGAUAUUUCCAGGUCAUUCACUAAGAACAGAUGCUAUUAAGACAUGGGAAGGUGUUGUUUCUCAUACCUGACUGUUAAAUGUGUAAAGAGUAGUGGAACAGUUAAUGUGGUCCAAGCAAUACCGCCUGUGCUGUACAACAACAAUAGGCGAGUAAGGAGACCGACUGUUUGUUAAGAGGGAAAUCUCAUAGAAUAGAAGGUUACGGUGAUUAUGAUGUGAACUUUUGAUGAAAUAUGUUGUUUUUCUAUUUAAUAGCAGAUCUGUCUUUUCAUGGCUAAAAUUGUUAUAUAUUCUAUCCAGAAAUGUAACAGGUAUCUUCUGUGCAGUAGCCAGGCUGUAAACAAGUGUGAAUUACUUACAGUAUGAAAGAUACAACUUAAGAAACAAGUCCACACAUUUGCUGAAUAAAACAAAAUAUAUAUAUAUAUUAUAUUUGGUUAUAUUACUAUUAGGACUGGAUGUUGUUGAAUGCAGACACUUUAAAAAUAUCUCUGACAUAAAUUGCGCAAGGUUGACCAUGACAGGGUAAGUGCCUACUCCUGAAUCUUACACCAGAAAACUUUUGAAUGUUAUUUGUAAUGGUUUUUGAGAGAUCCCUGGAGAAUAGAGGCAUGAGUCCAGUCUCACAUGCAAAUUUGUGGAAAUACAAUCUCAGUACUUUGAGCAUUAACAUAAUUUAAAAGCAUAGUGCCCAUGCUUUGGGUGUGAAAAGUUAAAAGCCAUUUUUAUAUUGACUGUGCUGUUAAUUUGUCAAUGAGACUAAUGAGCUUAAGGUAAUGUAAAAAAAAUAUAAAUGUCAGCAUCCUUUUGGAAUCAGGAUGCUUACUGCUCCAGUUUUUUUUCUUCUGGUGAAUUUAAAAAAAACAUGUGAUUUUUGAAAAAUUCAUAUCGAAGAAAAUUGACCAUCAUCAAAAGAAGCUACAUAGUGUCUUGACAACAUGGAUACAUAAAUGAAAUUAUUUACAUUUUUACUACACAUUCCUUGUCUACUUAUGCAACAAUUCAUCAUGAUUUAUAUUCAUUGUCUGAAAUCCAUCUUAUUUUUUAACCUCUCCCCACCAACCACCUGUCUCCAUUCUUUUAUUGAACACCUCCUCUUCACGAUCUACUCAAUUGGAACUUGAUAAAAAUCAAUAUGUCACAUUACAGAAGUAAAAUGGGUUGCAAAAGUAUUUUUGACUUCAAAUGUAUUCAGAGGGGAUUGUGUGGUUCCAGUCUAUGACAACCAAAGCAGCUGCACAGAAUCACAUUAUUAGCUCUAUUUAAGAUCCAGCACAGACUCGCAACUCCAAAAACUACAAACAUGAUGAAUGCUUGUCAGCCACUGAGUGACAUGGAGGAUUUGUCAGACGGACAUGCUCGUACAUCAGUGAGACUUUCAGCAGUUCAGACAGGCCUUUUAGAGGCUGGCUAUCAGUCAAACACAAGGAGAGCUAAAUUAUAACUCAAACUCUAUGCCAGCAAUGUUCGGGCAGGCAGGAGUCCACCUGCGUUUGCCUUCACUUUACAGUCACAUAUUAGGUUGAGGUGUUUCUAAAGCUCACAGACAAGGUCACUGUGUAUCUGCACUGCAUUAAAAUUGUGUUAUUCAACCAAAAUGGAUUUUGAAGAGCAGAUAAAUAUCAAGAUUGCGGAGCAUAGUAAGAGCUGAAAAAUACAAAAUGGUGUUUAGUUUGUAGUCAGAUUACAUUGUUCCCAUGUGCUUCAGUGUUCUGUGGUAGCCGUUUUACAAAUGUACAUAUUAAACUUAAAAAUUACUUCCUGCUGUAAAAGACCUCUGUUCAGUCGGGAAAUGAAGAUGGGACCCGGCUAAUCAGGCAACAUAAAGUUGUAAUGAUACAAAUGAAAUACAACAUAGCAUAAAAGACACACACAAACAUAACUCUGUGUUUCUCUCUCCCUCACUGGUGUCUCCUGCUCCCUUUUAUCUCUCUCCCACUGAUGAGGUGACUCGGCGCUGGCCUGGCCACACCCUCCUCCUUGUCACACUCCGCCAACCGAUUCAGGCCAGGGAAACCUCCGGCUUGAUGUACUACCCUCCCUUCCUGGAGGGGAGGUGUUGCCUUUUCGGCUGUCCUUUUUGUGGCAGAUCUUCCCCACCUCUUUGGGCCCUGAGAGAGAUGAGGGGAGGAGGGGGAAAGAGCGAGGGGGAGAGAGAGAGAGAAACUGGCUUGCUGGUCCGGAACACACUGUCCAGUGGUCCUCAGCGGUUCUGCCCCUUGGCGGAUGGCAGCGGUUCUCCCACGAUCCGGCAGACGGCAAUGGGUCCUCCGUCCCCUGGUGGCCGGUAAUGGUUCCUCCGCUUCCUGGCAGACAGCAGUGACCCCUCCGUCACCUGGCAGAUGGCAGCAAUCCGUCCAUCCCCUGGUGGACGGCAAGAGCUCCUCUGGCAGAUGGCAGCAGCUCAUCUGUCUC